UCACCAGGAAACGGAUCCGUUGCUGGCUUCCCCGUUACUCAGUGUAGCUGAAAGUUGCUUUCGCAAGAUGGCAGAAGAGGAAGAGAUCACUUAUGAAGAAGAGGAAGAGGAGGAAUACAUAGAGGAGGAAGCACAGGAAACUAUUGUGGAGACAAAAAAGGCACCAGUGGCUCCCAAACCUGCCCCUCCUCCUGCAACGGUGCCUCCCUUACGCCGAAAAUCAUCUGCCAAUUAUCGGGCCUAUGCCAUUGAGCCACAUGACAAGAUAAAAUGCAAGAUAUCAGCUUCUCGGAAAUUGCAACUCAAGUCAAUGAUGCUCCAAGUGGCUAAGAGGGAAAUGGAAAAGGAAGAAGAAGAACGCUCCCAAGACAAAGAGAGGUUUCUCUCGGACCGCUGCAUCCCUUUAGAAGUGGCGGGACUCAGCCUCACGGAAUUGCAGGAGGUUUGUCGGCAGUUCCAUGCGCAAAUCGACAAAAUUGAUGAGGAGCGUUAUGACAUGGAGGCCCGAGUCAAUAAGAGCAUCAACGAGAUCCAAGAUUUGAACCAGAAGAUUUUUGACCUGCGAGGCAAAUUUAAGCGCCCUGCUCUUCGCCGGGUGCGCCUCUCAGCUGAUGCCAUGAUGCAGGCCUUGCUUGGCUCCAAGCAUAAGGUCUCCAUGGAUCUGAGAGCCAACCUCAAACAGGUCAAGAAAGAUGACACAGAGAAGGAGAAUCGGGAAGUAGGUGAUUGGCGGAAGAAUAUCGAUGCUCUGAGCGGCAUGGAAGGGCGCAAGAAAAUAUUUGAGACCUCGGUCGCAGGGCAAGCCUGAGGCACGCAAGGUGUGGUUUCCUGUGUGAUCUCUGCUCUGUAGAUGCUAUCAAUCCCUUGUGAAACCUCAUCCUCCGACCACGUUCAUCAUUGGAGCAAAAACCUCACCUUGGAAUUUUGUUCUCUAUAAUUUCCCGUCCUGUUGCUUUGGGGAGCAUAUUAGCUCUGACCCUCAUCACAAGAACAAUGCGUUUAAAACUUGGAGUAUGCAUGCUUGUAUCGAUAGUACACGCAGCAGCUUGGGUGCCAUCAAGUCUUCAGAAAUGCUGCAGAGGAUAUGCGUU